AUGUCGCAGCCGUCGGAUGCGCAAAGCCUAAUCGCCAAGAUUCUUGCAGCUCCUGUUGAAGAAGUAUCAGAUAGAGAAGUGCACCAAUAUUACUAUCGUUUCGAUGAAGGUCAAUGGGUCAAAGAUUUCGGUAAAAAAACAGCAGAAAGCGUGUUAUCAGUGCAGAGAUUACGCCUGAUCACCUGGAAUAUAGAUGUACUCUCGCCUGGUGGCGAGCCGCGAAUGGCGGCUGCGUUAGCUCAUCUUGAAGAGCUUGUAUCCAACAAAUCUCGCAAUUGUGAACCAGUGGUCAUAUUUCUCCAGGAGAUGAACGAGUCGGAUCUGAACCAGAUUCAAGCUGCACCGUGGGUGCAAAAACGAUUCUACAUCACCGACAUUGACACGGGAUACUGGCGGAAACCGAACUUUGGUCCAGUUUACGGAACGACAACAUUGGUAGACAGGAGUCUUGUUAUUAACUUCCGGCCAUUCAGAGUGCAGCUUCCUAGUCGUUUCUCAAGAGAUGCUCUCUUCGUUGAUCUCAAAGUACGAAGCGGUAACGAGGGCCUGCUCAGAUUAUGCAACGUCCAUCUUGAAUCGCUGGUAGCGGAACCGCCGGUUCGGCCGUUGCAGGUCGCAAAAGCUGCAAAAUAUAUGAAAACAUCAAAUGUAUACGCGUCAAUCUUAGCUGGCGACCUAAAUGCCAUCGAACCAUUUGAUAGGAUGUUGCACUCGGAUCAUGGCUUGAAGGACGCGUACCUUGAGUUAGGUGGCAAAGAGGACCAUGGAGACGGUUACACGUGGGGCCAGCAGGCGCCGAAGGAAUUGAGGGAGCGGUUUGGAUGUAGUAGAAUGGACAAAGCCUUCUACUGUGGAAACGUGGAAGCGAAGUCUUUAGAGAGAAUCGGCGAAGGUGUUGAGGUGCAAGAUGACAAUGCAAGACAGGCAAUAAGGGAUGCUGGAGGAGAAUUAUUUGCAAGCGAUCACUUGGGACUCUCCAUAUUGUUUGAGAUCGUGUAA